CGUGCACCAAUGAAGACCCAACGCAGCCCAAAAUAAAUAAAAUAAAUAAAUAAUUUUUUUAAAAAAAGAAAAGGCAGGGGGCACAGAUGACUCCCAAGUGACUGGGACAGUGAGAUCAGGAGAGAAUAUGGAGAGAGAAGCAUUUUGGGGCUAAAUAUGAUCAAUGUGGAAGUUGUGAUGAUGUAGUUUUCUCUUCACCAUGGAAGCAUUCCAUGCUCACUAAAGGAAACUUCGGAAAUAAUUUUUAAGCUAGGAAGAAGAAAAUGUUACUUCGAAUUCCCAUCAUUCAAAUGCCAUCGCUUUCACCACUUUGGUGGACUAUCUUAGUCUUUUUUCCCCUCGUGUGUAGGUUUUGUCUUCUGGAUGUAAGAAGCAGCAUAAGGUAGUGAGAAAAGUGUAGUUUUUGAUGUCAGAGAGACUUGAGAUAAAAUUCUGGCUCUGUCACUUUUUUCAGGUGUCAAAUGUUUUAUCUGUAUUAACUCAUUUAACCCUCAUACUAACCCUGUGAAGCCCCACUUCAUAUACAAGGAGGCUAAGGCACAGAGGGGCUAAAUAAGUUGCCAAAGGCUACAACUGAUAGUAAGUGGCAGAUUAAAGAGUUAAACCCAGUAGUCUUGAGUCUGAAGCCCACAAGCUGAACCCCUACACAGUCUUGCCUCCCACUCUUCACUGCGUGACCUUGAUGGAGUUUAGUGAGCCUCUCUGCAAAGCAGAAACUAUUCUCAGAGCUGUUGUGGGAAUCAGAGAUCACAGAUGUCGAGUGUCUGGCACACAGCAGGCAUCUCAAAUGGGGGUUGAUCAUCACUUGAAAGUUUGUGUUUCAGGCAAGUUGAAUCUGAGGUGAGGGUGGAAUUUCCAGCUGAAGUCAGAAUUGUAAGUUCAGUAAAGCAGUGUUUAGGUGCUGAAGCAACAGACUUGGCCUUCCUGGACUCCAAUCCCUGCUCUGCCACCUAACUGCCACGUGACCUGACAAGUUCAUUCACCUGUCUGAGCCUGUUUGCUCAUCUGUAAAAGGGGAAUAAAAAUAGUACCUACUUUCUUGGUUUGUUUUGAGUAUAUGGGGCAAUGCGUGGGAAAUACAUAGGGUUUGGGCAAUGUCAGGGCUUGACAGAUGUAGGUUUUUGUAAUGGUGUAUGUGAUGGAAUGGAAGUAAUGUGUAAUGUGUAAUGGUGUAAUGGAAGUAAUGAUUAAUCUGUAGUAAUAUUACCAUAAGGUUAACAGUCUCCUGUGUUAGGAUUCUUGUAUGCAUAAGGUAUUGAAGGAGGCAGGAAUCAAAUCUCAACAAAAUCUUUUCUUUGCAGUAACUGCACAAUCAUAUGCUUCAUUCCUGGUGUACCAUCAUUGCUCUAUGUUCCCCACUGUGCCUGGGGCAGUGGAAAAACCCAGAAAAUCCAGAGAAAGGGAGACAGAUCUCAGAUUCCCACCCCCAACACUCAUAAUGUGGGCAGCUAGGGAAUGUUGCAGUUUAGCCAGGAAAAUGAUUGAAGGGUUGGCUACAGGACCUAGUAGGUAAAGCUGCUCUAGAUAAGAAAGUAGGAAGACCGUUCCCAUUGGGCUGGGGUUUGUUAAGUCAUCAUGAAAAGGUGUGGAAUCUCUUUUGGGGGAAAGCAUUAAUAGGACCAAUCUUGCUCUGUAAAGAAUGGACUGUAGGAGGAGUUCUUCUCUCAGGAAAUACAAUGAGCCUGGCUUCAAGGAGUCCAUGGCUCUGUGAAGGUCAUUAGCUCAGCUACUUUGGUAAGCUGGAAUUUCUAGCUCCCAAGGAUGUUACUUCACUGGAAGAAAGCAGCCAGCUCUUGACCAGGAGCACCCCACCUGGUGAGAGAGGAGAGGGAUUCUGCAGAGAAGGGAUCAGCCCACCAAGGAGGCUAACAGGGACUCAGCUCCGACAGUGACCCGAAUAAUGUAAACGUUAGUACAAGAUGAGGAAGGGUCUCAAACCAAAAGGAACCACUGCAGAUCAAGCAGGGAAGCCUGGCCGCUGGAAAUCUCCUGUUUCUCACUCUGACAGAAAGGAGGGCUUCCGGAGCUGGCAAAGGUGGUGACGAUGGAGCAGGCAUCCUGGAUUCCAGUUACCAAAGGUGCAGCCACGCAGUUUCUGGGAUCUCUUCCGGCCACAAGAUGGAAAUGAUUUCCUGAGGGCUGACGACGACAGCGAGAUCUUUUGCAUCGGGCUUUCCCCCAUUUCUUCUCCGCCGGCCCCUUCCCAAGCACCUUAGGCCUGGGUCUGGGAAUGCCGGCCCGGACCGGAAAGGGAGGCCGGAGGCAGCCGCCCCAGAGCGCCUGACCCACCCUCGGGUGCCUGACUUCGCUGAAGCGUCCUCCUGACCUGUCCGGGCCUCCGGGAAUAGGGGUGUACUUCUGGGGUGCGGGGAACCCCGCGAGGCUGGACUCGGUGGAUCCAGAGGCCCGGGGCUGGGCGCCCCAGCCUCUGAGCCCCUUUGGGCACCAGGCUGAGGGAGAAGGGUCGGGGAUCCCGGGGAUGCGGAUAGGCGGUCCGGAAGCUGGGGCUGGACAGGCGCACCGGGCGUGGGUGGAGCCGGCGGCGCCGGGGUUAAUGUCCGCCCCGCCCCGGCCGCGUUGACUCAGUUUCACCAGAAACUAGGUGGGGAGGAGGUGGCAGAUCCCCAGCGCACCGGACACCGGGGCGGAAGCUGCGGCCCGAGCCGCGCAGGAAGCCGGGACCGGAACUUCGGCUGGCCCGGCCCCACCCCACUCACCUGAGCAGGUAACCAGGGCCGAGGUGAGCGAGGAGGAGGUGAAGCGGGUUCUGAGCAUGUUUGGCCCUUUGUUCUCUGCUCGUUCGUGUGUCCGGGUCGCUAUCACCCUCGGAGCUCAGGGGCCCGCACUGUGAAGAUGACCCCCGUGGGGAGGAGGGCGACGGUCCCUGGGGGGAUGAUGGCCGGGGCCCGCCUCUCCCAGGCCCUUAUCCCAGCGGUCGCCGUGUGGCUCCUUUGCGCGCUCGGCCUCCUGGGCACCGAGGCCGGGCCGCCGCCCGUGCCCCCCAGUCUGCUCACGGCCGACAACUGCCUGGACCGCUUUACGCCCGGGGUGCCUGCCUUCGUGCUCGACACCGACGCCUCGGUGAGAAACGGCGCCACCUUCCUGCGCUCCCUCACCGUGCGCCGCGGCCGGGACUGCGUGCACGCCUGCUGCAGCUCCAACGACUGCAAUCUGGCGCUGGUGGAGUUGCAGCCCGACGGCGGGGAGGCCGCCAUCGCCUCCUGCUUCCUCAUCAACUGCCUCUACGAGCAGAACUUCGUGUGCAAGUUCGCGCCCAGGGAGGGCUUCAUCAACUACCUCACGCGGGAGGUUUACCGCUCCUACCGCGAGCUGCGGACCCAGGGAUUCGGAGGGUCCCAGAUCCCCAAGGCCUGGGAAGGCACAGACUUGAAGGUACAGCCACAGGAACCCCUGGUGCUGAAGGGUGUGGAGAGCACAGAUUGGCACCUACUGCAGGGUGACACAGACGUCAGGGUAAAGAGGAAUGAUCCAGACCAGGUGGAGCUGUGGGGACUCAAGGAAGGCACCUACCUGUUCCAGCUGACAGUGGCCGGUUCAGACCAGCCAGAGAGCACGUCCAACAUCACAGUCACCGUGCUGUCCCCCAAGCAGACAGAAGAAUAUUGCCUCGCAUCCAGCAAGGUGGGCCGCUGCCGUGGUUCCUUCCCCCGCUGGUACUACAACCCCACAGAACAGAUCUGCAAGAGUUUCGUUUAUGGAGGUUGUCUGGGCAACAAGAACAACUACCUUCGGGAAGAAGAGUGCAAGCUUGCCUGCCGCAAUGUGCAAGGCCCCUCAGUGGAAAGGCAUCAUCCAGGUGGGCUUUGCUCCUGUCCCUAUUCCCCUCACCCCUGCCAGCUCUCCAACCUCUCUCAAGUCCAGGCCCCUGACCACACUGCCCUGGCCCACCAACCCAUUCCUACCAUCAGGAUGAAGGCCCACGAGUGCCCCAGCCCUUGCAGCCCAGGAUCCUCCUGUCAGCUUCUGCCCAUUUUGUGUGUAGGAGGGUAUAAGGGACAGGGGUGGAAAGGGAACCGGGGUUGUGUCAUGAUGCCACCUUGGGGUAGAGAGGGCCAGGUAGAUGAUGGACUCCUGGUAUUUGCUGGCCUCUGCUUGAGCCUGACCUCACCGUCCACCCCGUCCCGCCCCCACCCAGUGUGCUCUGGCACCUGUCACUCCAGCAAGUUCCGCUGCAGUGAUGGCUGCUGCAUCGACAGCUUCCUGGAGUGUGAUGACACUCCCGACUGCCCCGACGCCUCCGAUGAGGCCGCCUGUGAAAAAUAUACCAGAGGCUUCGAUAAACUCCAGAGGAUCCAUUUCCCCGCAGAUAAAGGCCACUGCGUGGACCUGCCAGACACGGGCCUCUGCUUGGAGAGCAUCCCUCGCUGGUACUACAACCCGUUCACUGAACGCUGCGCCCGCUUUACCUAUGGCGGUUGUUAUGGCAACAAGAACAACUUUGAGGGGGAGGAGCAGUGCCUUGAGUCCUGUCGUGGCAUCUCCAAGAAGGAUGUGUUUGGUCUGCGGCGGGAAAGCCCCAUUCCCAACACAGGCUCCGUGGAGGUAGCCAUUGCAGUGCUCCUGGGCACCUGCAUCGUGGUGGUGGUAACCAUCCUGGGUUACUGCUUCUUCAAGCACCAGAGGAAGGGCUUCCACAGACACCGCCACCACCACCCCCCACCCUCUACCCCCACCAGCACCAAGGUAUCCACCACCGAGGACAUGGAGCACCUGGUCUACUACCAAACAACCCGACCCCUCUGAGCCUGGGGCUCUAGAGGGCUCUGGCCAGUUCUCACCUGGCCCUGCUUCCUCCUUGCCAAGAUGGAGGCCUGGGUUGAGGAAGACUUUGGGACCCGACUCCUCCAGCCUGUUCUGCCUCCAGGGCCAGGGCUCCAGACCCUCUUGGAGGUGUCUCAGCUAAGCUCAGGCUACUUGUUCCUGAGAAAGCUCAAGGGUCUGCAAGGAGCAGAAAACCUCUGAGCCAGGAAUCCCACGCAUGGUUGGACCCGUCUGCCUAGGACUUCAGAGGAAGUUGGAAUUUUGCUUCCUGUUCAGAGCUGCCUGCCCCCAUCCCAUGACCUUGGGAAGGGGCCUGGGGUGGCGUCAGAGGCUGGAGGCCCCAACUCCGUCCUCCAGAGCUGCCCCUCCCACCCUGCAAAGUCCAGGGCUGGGGUGCGGGGGAGGACGUCCCUGUAUAUUCCGUGUUGUACAGAGCUGCUUUCUGUUUAUUUAAUGCCGUGGCGGGUGGGUGAGAGGAGUGGAAAGCGGCUGUCUGGUCGCUGCCGCCUCUUCCCCUUCCCCGCGGAGCGAGCCCCAACCUGGCCUGGGCUGGCACACACAGCCAGAUCUUCCGCACCCCCCAGGGCCCUGCAACAUCACACUCCCUCCUGCUCCCCUACUUCCCACCGGCCCCGGUCCACCCACAGUGUAAUAAAGUGAUUUGUCCUGUGAGUCUCCUGCCUCUGCUCUGUGGGCCACGAGAGGGACAGAGCUGCACG